UCAGUUCGGACACUGUACUUCUUUUGCUGCAGUUUUGCUACCGCACACUAGCUAGUACUAUAGUGCGGCUGUUGUUUUGCUCUGUUUCACCUGUCCAGUUAUUAGUUUCGCAGUGACUUUGCAAGUAUAGCAUUUGCAACUCUUUUGGGUUUGGCUAAAAUGAAGGCAUGCCAGGGAGCACUUCUGCUGCUCUUGUUUGCUGCACUGGGCCAUGCCCAAGUGGCUCCAGGAGACGAGAGUUCGAGGUGUACAGAUCAACUAGAUCCCUACCCUCCCAGCACGAUAAUGUUGAUGAACUCUCGACACUACUCUGCACUCCUGGGACCUGAAGGAGUCUGGGACCAGAUGGAUUUGGAUGACAAUGAUCCCGACGACUCAUUCAACCCAACAUACUUCAAGCACAAUGCUGGUGGAAUUUGCAGGUGGUCGGUGAUGUCAUGUGGCUACCGCAGUGGCUGGCAGGACAACUAUCUGUUCACUCAGUUCAUCUCGAAGGCAGCACCUCCCGAACACCACCCACACUGUACGAGUCAUCGUGGACAUUCUCUACACCCUCUCCAGUUGCCGCAUUCGCUACAACUGCAACCCCAAAUUCCAACUGCUCAAGUUUGAGACAGACGGCCCACAACAAAGAGAAGUGUUCACAGACCACACCAACUACCAGUCAAUCAGGGUUAUAACCGGCUCUUCAGCAGUCACUCAGCGCCUCGUGGAAAACAUUGAUAUCCCUGCAAACAUCGAAGGGAUCUACUUGGCCGUUCGAGACAACACAUCAUGUAUUCAGGUAGCUCAGAUGCAGGUCUACCGCUACCAGUGCCCGAGGAAACAAGAGGGUCUUGUCGUCUUCCCUGACACUGCAGCUCCAGUGAAUGGAAACAUGACCAUUACUGCGCAGUGCAUGCCCGACUCCUACCCAGUCACUGAUAUGGACAUACUGUGCUAUGAUACUGGAUACUGGAGUGGAUCUGGCCGGUGCAGAUGUUAUCCUGGCUACUAUAGGCACAGAGGAGUUGAAGGCGACUACUGUGUCCCCUGUCCAGUGGGGUACUACAGGAGUGACUCUGACCCAGAGGACGAAUGCAUACUCUGUCCAGCAUUCACUGAGGUGGAUUUGGAAGGAGCUCCGUCUUGCAACUGUCUUACCAACCACUUCAGGAACAAUGAGGGAUUACACAAUCGCUGUCCAGUCCUCUCAGAUAGAGGAAGGCGUGUCCUACGGUUGUACCUGGUCACCGAGUGCGCCCCUUAAUCUAGAGCCAAUUGGAUACACUGACUCGUCUAUCACGAUCAGAUGGGAGGCCCCAUAUGAAAACGGAGGACGCAGUGACCUCUACUACCAAGUCCAUCACUCUGACCCUGUCAUUCCAGGACUAAUGAUUGAAGCAAACUGCACCCGAAAUGAAGAGUGCCUCACAGACACUGUGUGCACCAUCACUGGUCUUCAACCGGCUACCACGUACUUUGUGAGGGUGUCGGCCCACAAUGGAGUCAGUGAUCAAGACGAGGGUGGAGCUCUCACGAGAAUAAUUGACAUUACUCUGGAGACUGACGUUGCUCCUCCAACUGCAGUCGAAGAAAUAGAGGCGUUUUGUGAGGUGAUUGUGUGGGGAAGAACCAGCCGUUACAAAUGGAGAGAUCCUUUCUAUGGACUCGUGUUCAACUAUUCUAAUGGAACUGAAAGCGUAUUCCAUGUAUCUGGAGACAAAUGCUUCUUCAUAAUUUCCUCUUUCUACGAGCAAAACCUUACUGUACAGAUUUUUGCUAUCAACAAAGCUGGGCCUGGUCCAUACGCUUCUGUUGAUCUGCCUGAAUGCCCCUGGGUAUUUCCAUACCCAACUCCAUCCCCUCUCCCAAUACCCGCCUCUCCUACAAGACUCCCGGAUCCAAGUACUGUGUACGUGACGUCAACUGAAACAGUCGUUUCCACCGAGACUGCCACUGUCACUACUCAAAUACCCAUCCCAACGUCUGUUACAGUCACUGUUCCUACCACAGUCACGACCACUGCAACUGUGACAGACGAAGUCACCAGCACUACAACUUCUGUGGUCACUUCAACGGUUGUUAGCACAGCCGUUGCUCCCACUCCCUCACCAGUCGUGAUCGAAGUUCCAACAACUGUUACAACAACAGCCACUGCCACUACAACCGAAACAAUCCACAAUACAGCUACUACGACUGAAACGGUCACGACCACAGCUACCACAACUGUUGUACCUGAACCAUCAUCCGUUGUGGUCCACGUUCCUACAACGGUCUUUACCACCGCCACCGAAACCGAUUACAUCACCACCACCACAACCGAUACCGUCACGACCACAGCCACCACAAGCAUAGUGAUCGAACCAUCGCCCGUUGUUGUCUCUAUUACUGUUACCGAAACAGCCACUGAAACUGACCACGUAACUGCUACCACAACUACUGUUGUGACUACCUGCCCAGCCAUACCUACACCGGAGCCAACACGGCUUCCUGCCUGCCCUGAGCCCGCUCCGUGUGACAGUUGCUGUGAGGAAUGCGAGGAAUGCGAACCUCCCUCUCCUCCCCCUCCGUGUCCAAUCUGUGACGACCCUACUCCCCCGGCCUGCCCUCCUUGCCCCACCAUCUCCUUCUUCUCUGGAUCUGCAAACUGUGCCCGACCAAACAGAAAACCAGGCAACAUUCGCAACGUGCGCAUGUUGAACUGUGGAAUGAUAGUGUGGGAUAUGCCGGAAGACGCCAGUUGUUGCAAGGAGAAGCUGACCUACAAGGUCAGGUUCUUCAAUGGCACCAGUUUCAAGCGGGCCGAGGAGACUCACAGGAAGGUGGUGAGCGUUGAUACCUCGUGGAUCAAGUUCACCUCGAGCGAUCUUCCAGUUGGUCGACCACUGCAAGUUAUGGUGAAGGCGAGGAAGCAGGAUGGAAUUCACUCGGCACAGUGGGUGAAUGCUGGGCUCCUGACAGAUUCGUACGUGAUGGAUUGCCCUCCUUUCAACUAACUGCACAAGAGCAACACGCCGUGUUUCUCAAACUUAUUACUGUAUUCCCUUGCACACACUCACAACAGGCAGUAGUUUAUCAUAAACAUUGAGGCGUUUUGCUGUACCAUGAUAUGUUAUGAAACACUAUGUGCAUUAGUCAGUCACUCACCCAAAAGACUAUAAUAUAGCCAGUAUGGUGCAAUGUGAAAGUAUAUUUUUGAGGA